CCGCUCCCUCUCUAACCAGAGAAGGGAGGGUCAACAUGGCGUCUGAGGAGGAGAGCUCCAAUGGCCCAGUGAAGAAGUCCAUGCGCGAGAAGGCCAUAGAGAGGCGCAACAUCAACAAGGAACACAACAGUAACUUCAAAGCAGGCUAUGUACCCAUAGAAGAAGAACGUCUUCAUAAAACAGGGCUGAGAGGGCGCAAAGGAAACAUGGCUGUCUGCAUCAUCGUACUCCUCUUCCUUCUCGCCUUAAUUAAUCUCAUUAUCACACUGGUAAUAUGGACGGUUAUCCGGAUCGGGCCCAAUGGCUGCGACAGCAUGGAGUUCCAUCAGAGCGGCCUGCUACGCUUCAAACAGAAAGCCGACAUGGGAAUCGUCCAUCCUUUGCACAAGAGCACAGUGGGAGGCCGUAAAGACCAGGACCUGGUUAUUGUGGGCAACAAUAAUCCGGUGGUUUUCCAGCAAGGCAACACUAAGCUUAGCGUGGAAAAGGACAAAACCUCUGUGACCAGUGAUGUCGGCAUAUCCUUCACAGACCCUCGGACGCAGACGACCUUCUUCAGCACAGACUUUGAAAACCAUGAGUUUCAUCUUCCCAAAGGAGUCAAAGUCCUGAGUGUUAAAAAGGCGUCUACUGAAAGGAUCACCAGCAGCGCAUCGUCUGAUCUGAACAUCAGGGGAGACGGCAAGGCCAUCAUUCGCGGUAACGAGGGAGUGAACAUCAUGGGCCGCACUGUAGAGUUUAAAAUGGGCGGGGACAUCGAGCUCCGGGCUGAGAACAGUAUCAUUCUCAACGGGUCGGUCAUGUUCAAUGCUACACGCAUCCCCAGCUCCACAGACCUGAGGUUCAACGAUGGCCUGGAGAGGUACAAGCUCUGCAUGUGCGAAGAUGGGACUUUGUUCCGCGUUCUGGUGAAGUUUCCAAACAUGGGCUGCCAGAUCUCAGACAAUCCGUGUGGAAAAGCUCAUUAGCAUCACCGUUCCAUCUACCUGCAGUCGUUCAAAUCAAACAAACCUCUUACAGUUCUCCGCAUUUGAUCUGACCUCAGUUGAACCUGUUCAACCUCUGACUUAAAUUCAUAGAAACAUGGUCAGAAACUCCAGUAUUUUUUUUUUCUGCGUCUGUCAACUCAGGUUGAUUCACAAAAGGGUUGUGUUUUUAAUUAAGUCACUACGUAAUAAUCUUAAAAUAAAAUGCAUAAAAAUCUGCAGAACUUGAGCUGACCUUUAGUAAAUAAGAACGAUAUUUGUUCCUCUCUGAGAUGCUCUCCAGUAACUUUUAUAAUGCACCUGAAGAUGGAUUUAAAGGGAUGAACUGUAAUUUAUAUUUUACCUGUACUGCAAAAUGUUUCUAAUGCAAACAAUGCCAAAUUUUAAAGGGUGUGCAAUAACCUUAUGCUACAGAAAACCUUUCCUACAAAAGUAUUCUUAAGAGGAAGUUUUUAAUCACAGUGCAGCUGCAAACUUCUUCGUAUUUUAUUAGGAUUUUACAUGAUAUAAUGUAACACCUUACUAUUAGUAAUAUUUUGUAGACCCUGUUAUAGCUGCAGGUCUUUAUGUGGUAUGUUUCUAGCAGCUUUGCGUAUAUUUAGAUCAAACAUUUUUGUGCCUGUUCUUUUUUGGACGACAGCUGAAUCUCAGUCAGGUUGGAGGAAGAAUCUAUUGGUUAUAGUUCUAGACUUUACCUUGGUUAUUCUAUCACUUGGAUAUUUUUGAUCUAAAGUAAGACAUUGUAGCUCUGACUGUAUAAUGUCAGAGAGUGAAACAAUUCGUAGAUUUAAACUCUUUUGUAGCUUCCUGCAGAUAAUUUUUCAGUAAUACACCAUCCAUUUUACCCCACAUCCUCCGCCAUGCCCCGCUGCGCUCCAUUCCAGACCACCUCCGCAAAGCAAUGCCUACAGCCGCUGCAGUUCCUCCCGUUUUGCUCCGCUAUGAGUUCCUUGGAGCUUCAGUAGAGCAAGCGCGAAAUUAUUGCCGUAAUUUUCUGACUAUUAGCCGCACCUGAAUAUAAGUCGCAGAAGCUAAAUUGCAUGAUUUGUAAAUAUACAA